AUGGGUGCCGGAAUAUCAAAGAUGAUGAACAAGAUCUUCGGAUCCAAGGAGAUGCGCCUUCUGAUGCUGGGACUUGAUGCCGCCGGAAAGACAACCAUUCUUUACAAGCUCAAGCUCGACCAAGACGUAACCACCAUCCCCACCGUCGGCUUCAACGUCGAGACCGUCACCUACAAGAACACAAAGUUCAACGUCUGGGAUGUCGGGGGCCAGGACAAGAUCCGUCCCCUGUGGAGACAUUACUUCUCUGGUACUCAGGGUCUCAUUUUCGUUAUCGACUCAAAUGACCGCGACCGUCUCGAUGAAGCGCGAACCGAACUUGCCCGUAUCAUCCAAGAUCGCGAAAUGAAGGACGCCCUACUCCUAGUGUUCGCAAACAAGCAGGAUUUACAAGGAGCCAUGCGACCAAAGGAGGUCUCAGACAAGCUACAACUCGAGAAGAUUGCCAAAGACCACGUCUGGAAAGUUGAGCCCAGCUGUGCGACAACAGGAGAGGGUAUCUUCGAAGGACUGGCAUGGCUAUCCGCCAACGUCAAGAUUCCCCCGAAAUAGAAUGCUCGCUUUCCAU